AUGGAGCGUGUUAUGCUGCUUUCGUUCCUUCUGUUUGGGGCGAUUACAUCGACCUAUGCAGAUGGAAAAAAUGACCACCAUGUCUGUGUAGCCUGGUGUGCGUCUACAUUCGACAAUUCUCUGGCUGAAUGUAUAAUGCUUGCAGGGCAUGGAAAAGGCCCUUGUUAUGAGUGCGGUCCCUUGAAAUCCUCUGACAGCUGGCGAUUUCACAAUGGCAAGUGUGUUGAUGCUCGUGAUGACACGCACGAAAAGAGCACCAAGUUUGCGCCAACGACUUUGAAAACAUCGGUUGUGCGUUAUCCUACUGAGGCAUAUCCUACCAAGGCGUACCCUACCAAAUAUCCCACAAAGCUGUACCCUACUGAGGAAUAUCCUACCAAGGUGAAUCCUACCGAUUGGUACCCAACCAAGCAUCAUACGAAGCCAUAUCCCACUGAGGAGUACCCUACUGAGGAGUAUCCCACUGAGGUGUAUCCCACUGAAGUGUAUCCCACUGAUGUGUAUCCCACCGAUGUGUAUCCCACUGAUGUGUAUCCCACCGAUGUGUAUCCCACCGAUGUGUAUCCCACCGAUGUGUAUCCCACUGAUGUGUAUCCCACCGAUUGGUACCCGACCGAUGUGUAUCCCACCGAUGUGUAUCCCACCGAUUGGUACCCGACCGACGUGUACCCAACUGAGGUGUAUCCCACCGAAACUCAUAUCACCAAAACCAUGACCAGAACUAAAACUCGAACUCACACGCCUAGCACAUCAACUCGAGAGACUUCUGUUGGCCCUAUCACCACCACUACGACCACUGCUAGCCCAGUCACUACUACCACUACUACCACGAGCAAGCACCAGACUACGACAAAGCGCCAGACUACGACCAAGCACCACACCGCCACUGCAUCAUACUACGACCAAGCACCAUACCACCACCGCCAAACCAGUGAUGACUUAUCAUUAAACAACCACCGCUGCUGCUGUAGGCAUGUGACUACCAUCACUAUCUGCGCAGUUACCGUCACUCCUUAG